CGGAUUGUCUCUAUGCAAUAUCUUUUAUCUACCAAAUGCGCCACUUGAAGGCAUCGAAUGGCUCGAAAUAUUACUUACUUUAUUGUUGGAAUUCUUCUCAUGAAAAAACAUAAUGGUCAGCUCUGUAAUUUGGGAAUGCAUCAUCGACGAGAUACAUCCCUAUCAUCAAUAUAUGUGUAUUAUGAUCUACCCGGGGUUCCCCAUCUUACAGCAGAGAAAGCCUUGGAUGGGAAGUAUUACAAUCACCCACAUGAAUGUGCCGGAUCAGAUGUACGACAAGUGAUCAGCGAGGCUUGGUGGCAAGUGACCUUCAAGUCGACCGCGAAUAUCUUUAAAAUUAACCUGGUCUUUCGAGAAUUGUUUAUUCGACAUGCUGGCUAUUACGUAUUUAUAACAAAUCGGACAUUGACGUAUAGUGAACUGACCUCUUUUGACCCCGUGUACCACGACGAAGAACCUAGCCCAAGCCAACAAAUGACAAUCAUUUUCCCUGAGGGUCACGCUGGUGUACAGGUGUUUCUUUAUGUCAACAAAUCAAAUCCAUCAACCACAAACUAUGCUGUAAUUGAGCCGUGUGAGGUGGAAAUAUAUGGUUGUGUAGAAGAAAAUUUAGAUGGAUGUGCUUGUGCAAAUAUGACAGCGGAUGGAAAGGAUUUAGAUCUUUGGGAAUUCACACCGGUUUUCAGUACAAAGUCCAUCGCUCUUAGAUGCAAUGACAACUUCCUGUCCAUAAUGAAUAUGUCGCAGUUUGAUAGCUCCCAAUUUAUUUCAGUACUAUCUCGUUGUGAUGGUACAAAACAAUGUUCCUUCAAUUCUAGUUUAUCCCUGAAGGAUAAAACCUUCAGCUUCAUGUGCUCUGAUAAAUGCAUUAAUGAAAACUACACGAACGCUAUUCUAAAGCACAAUCUGGUACAGAAUUUACAAUAUGAAAGUGACGACAGAGAUUCGUUCACUGCUCUCCUAAAAUCACGAGUGUUUGAGUGUGAGGAGCGACACGUGUUGACCAAAGGGAAUCUCACAAUUCAGUGUGAAAGAGAGGGGAGAUGGUCCGAAGAAGCUCCUGUUUGCAAUGUCACCUGUCAGGAACCUUUUCAUGAAAACAUUACUACAAUCCGUGACACAAGUCCAUAUCCAGUAUAUUUUGAGGACUACAAUGUGUCAUACUCGUGUCGGCAAAACCAUCGUCACGUUGGUGGCAAUCUCAGUCGAGUUUGUAACGGAAGUGGCGAUUGGUCAGGAGAGGAGCCUAUCUGCAAACGCUGCAAGUGUCCCUGUAAUCGAGUAAGAUCCCAAAAUUUCAUUAAGGAUCCAGAAGUUCUUAAGAAAAGACUGAACGAAAUGAAGAAAGAAUUAGAAGUCAAUCAAAAUGAGCUCUCUGCAACAGUUAGAGCGAAAACGUCUGCAAAAGACGAAAGAAAGUCUGCAAAGGGAAUGGGAUCUGUUCUAGGGGUGGGGAUUAUUAGUUUUGUGUUGAUGACUCUCGUGUGCAGCGAUCUUCCAUUGCUCUACAGGCAGAUCCGGUAUGGGCCUUUGACAACGCUUCUCCUUUAAGAAGCUAAAUUCUGUUAGUUAUAUUUACACUAUUGUGGAAAAAUGAGCUUGAAUGUGAAUGGAAGACAUUCUUUAAUUAUCGUUUCAUAUCACUGAAAUAAAAAUAAAAAUUAACUUUACUAACAUCACAGCAAUACGAAAAUCACAUAGAAUUGAGCAAAAGGAUAAAAGAUUAUCAAUAUCACUGGGCUUAACAUUAACAUUUGUCCGAUUGUCUAUGUCUCUUUCACUUUUUGAUCGGACAAAUCAAUCUACACAAACACUUGUACGAUCGGACAAGUAAAUCUUUUUUUCAUAUAAUAUACAGAUUUAAAGUAACAAUUAUUUGAUAAAUAACUUUUCAAUCUUAAAGGCUAAGUCAUACCUCACCAAAUAUUGCUAAUGA